AUGUCGUCCGCUACACCGCCGCUGCCGGCAGACAGUGUGGCCGCUUCUGCCGCACUUCGCUUCUCUGUUGACUUCGACCCGUCCCGCGCGGACUCGAAGCCGAGCGUGCUCUUGCUGACCCAGAACAUAGGCGGUAUCGAGGCCGCGUUGAGCACAGGCGCUGGCCUCGGCGAAACUUUGCCCGAACGCCCCCACACACCGAUGCCAGAGAGCAACGGUGACAUCUCUGCCGCCUUUGCCUCCAUGCCGACGGUUUUUGGUGGCCCCUCGUACAUUCACGUGCCUGAUGACAUCGACUCAGAGCUGUGUGUCUCGCCUGUGGUGCGGCAGCAGGUGACAGAGUUUCUGGCGGACCUCCGCCAGUGGAUCCACCGGCUCUCGUACAUGUCAGCCGGCGCGCGCGCCGCAGAGGCGUCUGCGACGACGUCGUCUGCUGCUCCCACCUCGGCGGCGGGUGGCGCACCAUCUUCGUCGUCCGCACCGUCCCCCCCUCCCUCGCCCACGCCCUGUGGUGCCGCAGCGAGCACGGAGGCGUACAUGCGUAGCUACACGUUGUCUGUGCGCCCGCCCCUCAUCGACAUUGUUGUCCUGCACUUUCAAGAAAUCGGUGGCAAGUACAAGAAUAAGCAGUUCAACGAGUACUUCAAGGAGCAGAUCCGCACGUCGCUGCUGCCGGAGGCUGGGUGGACGAGCGGGCUGCUCAUGGACGAGCGAGAGAGCCCUGGCCCGCUGAGCAGCAGCAACUACCAGCGUCACCGAACCGCAAGCACUGUGCAGGCCCUGAGGAGGACCUCCUUUGAGGGCGGUAGUCCCAGUAAUAACAACGGCAACGCCAGCGGCCACGUCGGCGAUCCUCAUCGCCUGAGCGACGCGAACAGCAACGACACGGAUCUCACCGCUGACCUGGACGCCGACGCGGACGCGUACUUCACUGCCAUUGGCUCCAUUGUGUUUCUCUCGCCGCGCGUUAUGGGUAUCGCGAGCUGCCUCUCCGUUCCGCACCGCACGUAUAUUCCUAUUGUAGACGACCCGCUCACCUACGCCGGCGAGGCUGGCCGGCUCUUUCACAGCGGAAAAUUUGCCGAGGCCGGCCGCUCGCGCAAGGGGUUCCUGCUCCUCUCUCUCCGUCUCGGCACCGUCCAGUUUAACGUGUGCAACGUACACCUUUUCAACGACGACGACAACCGCGCGGCGCUACAGAGCAGCCCCAGCCUGUACACGGGCCGCCGCACGCGGGCAAUAAAGGAGACCAUCGCCGAAUGCAGUGCCGUCGUCGACCUCAGCGAGCCGCUCUUCAUAUUUGGCGACUACAACGUUCGCAUGGAUGGCAAGUUGUUCGCUGAGUGGGUCGAGGAGAAGAUGCAGAUGACGGUGCGGCCGGAGAAAAAGCGGCUGCGCUGCCCGGAGCAUUUUUGGGAGUUGUUCACCGACCCAGGCACGCAGCAGGAGUUGCGGACGCGGUUCGACAUGGAGCCGCAACGCCUGAUGGACGAGGUGGCUCUGCUCUCUAGCGUGGAGCUCGCAGAGAUGCCGAUUCAGUUCGCGCCCACCUACUCCCGUGUUGCCUACCGCACCCGCACUGGGGUCACCACCACCGGUGCUGGCGCCGACGCGGCAACACCAGAUGCGCAGCGGCAGAUACCCACUUCGAAGGACUUGAGUGGACGGGCUGAUGUCAUCCGUGCCGAGGAGCAGGGGCAGACGGAGGCGAUCAGGGUGAGGCCCCCGCUGUUGACAGCGCUGCCGCCUUCGACGUCGCCGCUGGCGAGUGUACCGCUGACCCACGUGACGGCAUCACCCUAUCGCGACAACUUCUGCCACGACCGGUUGCCUGCGUGGUGCGAUCGAGUGAUGUUCAAUGUCGCUGGGCUUGAAUGGAUUUCAGGCGAUCGCUCGCGCUCCGCUCCGCCACAGCCGCAGGCAGCAUCUUCAGUUUCGGGCAGCGCUGCCUCCGGUGCUGGCGGUCUCAAGGGCAGGCAGCGCAGUGGCCAGAGCUGCUGGUACGCGUACGCCGCGAUUGACUUCAUUCACACGGACCACGACGGAGUAUUUAUGCUAUUUUAA